AACGACCGAUUCUCUUACCGCACCCAACCAAACCAAAAAAAAAAAAAAACAACUCGAGAAGAAUUCUUCAUUUCUUAAAAUCUCGAGUUUGUGUAUAGAUCGAAUUCUUCUUUUUCUCUUUUGUACAUUUUGUUUUUGCUUUCCAUACACGUUAAAAAAAAAAGAAGAAAAAGAGUUAAAGCGGGUAUGGAAGGGUUUUAGAUUGCGUGAUCUGUAAUUGUAAAGUGGUUUUGGAUCGUGAUCAAGAAACUGGUGCUUGAUAGUGAUAUGCAUAUUUGAGAGAUGGUGUUCAAGAGGAAGUUGGAUUGCUUAUCCGUUGGCUUUGAUUUUCCCAAUAUUCCCAGGGCUCCUCGUUCAUGCCGGAGGAAGGUCCUAAACAAGAGGAGUGAUGAUGAUGAUGUUGAUGCUCAGAUCUGUGCUAUUGACUUACUCGCUUUGGCUGGAAAGUUGCUACAGGAAAGCGAGAGUUCCUCAGCGUCUUCCAAUGCAUUUGAAGGGAAUAACCGCGAUCAUUUCGGUAAAGAAAUUAAACAAGAGCAAGAUGUUAAAUGCAAGCCUAUCAAUUCUGAAUCUUCUGACCAAGGAAACUCCGUGUCAAGGCCCACAUAUGACAACUCUACUGACAAGUGUGUGGUGAACAGUUUUUCAUUUCCGGAUAAUGACGGCGAUUUGGAGCGAACUCCAAUGUCUGAUUACAAAAAGACUCAUGGUUUGACGGCUGUAGGGUGUGAAAACAAGGAUGUGAAUUGUGACUUUUACGUUAACUCUGGAGGCAUCACUGGGGAGACAGGUGGUGUAAAUGUGAAUACUGGGUUUAAACAAGGAGAAGCAACCGAUCGCUUGGGAGAUGGAGGCUUAAUCACUAAUACGUGCAACUUAGAGGAUGCAACUGCUUUAGGUGUGCAGUUUCCAAAAUUAGUCUGUGUGGGUGGUGAUCUAAAAUUGCCAUCUACCAUGGAUAUGACCCCUAAUGGUUCCUUUGCUAGACAUGGGAACCAUACUAACUUAGGUAGAAAAGAUGAUGAUGAAAAAUUUUAUAGUUAUCUUAAGCUUAGCAAUAAAUUUAAGUCGUAUAGGUCUCCAACAAUUCGAAGAAUAAGAAAGUCACUGUCGUCCAAAUACUGGAAGCAAAUUCCCAAAGAUUUUGGAUACAGCAGAGCUGAUGUGGGUGUAAAGACUCUUUAUCGCAAAAGAAAAUCAUGUUAUGGAUACAACGCAUGGCAGCGUGAGAUCAAUUAUAAGAGGAGAAGAUCACCUGACAGAAGCUCGGUCGUAACUUCUGAUGGAGGACUCAGUAGUGGAAGUGUUUCCAAGUUACCAGAGAAGGGAGAUACAGUAAAGCUAAGCAUUAAGUCCUUUAGGAUUCCAGAGCUUUUUAUUGAUGUUCCAGAAACUGCAACAGUAGGAUCACUAAAGAGGACCGUGAUGGAGGCUGUCAGUGUUUUACUCAGUGGAGGAAUACGUGUUGGGGUAUUAUUGCAUGGGAAGAAGGUCAGAGAUGACAGGAAAACUCUCUCGCAGACUGGGAUAUCAUGUGAUGAAAAUCUAGACAACCUUGGGUUCACCUUGGAGCCUGGCCCCAGCAAAGUUCCCCUACCUUUGUGUUCCGAAGAUCCUGCUGAGCCAACCGACCCUACAAAUAUGUCUGAACGGUCUGCGGCUUCUCCCAUGUUAGAUUCUGGAAUUCCCCAUGCAGAUGACGUGAUCAAUUCAGGAAAUAUUGUGGACAAUAACCUCGAGAUAGUUCCAUAUCAGUGUGACAUAUCUGCCGAUGAACCUUUAUCAGAUUCAAAAGCGCUUGUUCCGCUUCCAGCCUUGGAAGUUAAGGCACUUGCCAUAGUUCCGUUGAACCAGAAACCUAAGCGUACUGAGCUUGCCCAGCGCAGAACCAGGAGACCCUUCUCUGUGACAGAGGUAGAAGCUCUUGUACAAGCAGUGGAGGAACUCGGGACUGGAAGGUGGCGUGAUGUGAAAUUGCGUGCUUUCGAGAAUGCAGAUCAUCGGACUUACGUGGACCUGAAGGACAAAUGGAAGACGCUGGUUCACACAGCCAGUAUAUCACCGCAGCAACGAAGAGGAGAGCCGGUGCCACAAGAACUCCUAGACAGAGUCUUGAGAGCAUACGGGUAUUGGUCGCAGCACCAAGGAAAACAUCAAGCGAGAGGAGCAUCCAAAGAUCCAGACAUGACCAGAGGUAGAGCUCUUGAAUCAGGUGUUUCUGUGUAAAAAAAGGAGGUACGCAUUGGUGGGUUGGUGUACAGAAGCAAACAAACAACAAUAAUGGAAAACUCAAUUUCUGCAAAGAUUAAUUGUCUCUAUUUCUCGUUUUUUCUCUUCAAUACACUUUUUUUUUCCUCCUGUAUUCGCCUUUCGGCAUCUGUAAAUGACUCCAACUGGGAUGAGAUUUGUCCCUAACCAACUUUUUUCUUUCACAUUGAUUAUGUUGUGUAAUAUUAUCGGUUCAUAAAAGGGACCUUGUAAUUUUAGACAUUCUUUUAUUGUUCAAUCUUUAUUGACAAGUCAGCGUUCUUCUUCA